AUGACGCCGACACCUGCAAGCUCGAACAAUCAGGCUGUCUCGCCCAGUACGAGCAAGACGAAUCUCUUCAGCCGAGCAAAAUCUGCUCUCACCCGUCCGAGGCAUCGCAAGGCCAACUCGGAGAGCAGCAGCAAGACGGUCAGUAGCGCAGGACGCCCGUCGACCCAGGUACCUCGAUCAGAGUCCAGCCAACCCAUCACUCCCGCAUCAUCUGCACAGUCUCACGAGACUGCGCGGACCUCCACAACGGCCGAACGUGCUGGCUCGACGGACGGCUUGCGUGGAGCUUUUGCGAGCGAGGACAGGCCGCCAGAGAUCGCUCAGCUCGCUUCGUUGCCCCUCAACUUUACCCUCAGCUCGCCCGUCGCUUCACCCGUACCGACGGCAGAAACGGCAGUACAGACCGAAGAACUCGCUGCACCUGAGCUGCCCGAUAGUCCGACGUACUCUAGCCAGCCGCUGUCAGACGCGCUAUCGUCGAGAACUCAGUCAUUCUCGUCUGCCGGUCACGAGGCUCAGAGGCAACAGGAGACACUCAGACAGGGAGAGCUGCCCAAGGUACCUUCCAUGCGAUGGAUGACCAAGCAGAAAUCGUCAGAAGGGCCUGGUGUGAUCUCUGCUCCCAUGUCGUCCGUCAAUUCCAAGGGCGAAAAGACGAGCAAGUCGAGCACGUCCAGCCAAGUACCCAACUUUCUAUCGCCCAGCAGGAAGACCCACAACCGGAGAGGAUCGGAAGAUGCGCUGGCCGACUCUGCUUCGUCGCACGGGUCGAGGGAGGACAGCCAUGCUGCCCUGCUUGCUCGCAAACGAAAGACUUCUUUCUUCGGUCUCGUCAGCAAGAAAUCGGAUAGCAAUAUCAGACAUACCGCAAAGCCAAAGGCGAAUAUGUACGGCGUCAGUCUGAGCGAUCUUGCAGCGAGAGAUGGUCAGCCAGUGCCGGCCAUCAUGGAUCAGUGCUUCUGUCAGAUCGAGGCCAAAGGUCUGGACGAAGUCGGCAUCUAUCGUAUCUCGGGCGAGAAGCUCAUCGUCGAUGCCAUCAAAGCAGCAUUCGAUAAAGCAGAUGAUCCCAGAUCUGUCAACCUCUCCACGGGAGAAUACUCUGAUCCGCAUUGUGUUGCGGGCGCGCUCAAGCUCUGGUUCAGAGAGCUACCGGAACCGCCGAUACCCUACAGUGCCUAUGGCAGCUUCAUCGCCGUCAACGAGAUCACAACCACAGAGCAGCGGAUACGGCAAUUGCGCAAACUAGUACGCGACUUGCCAGAGCCCAACGCGAGCGUGGUCAAGCGGUUGUUCGAGCAUCUCGACAAGGUUCUCGCGCAUUCGUCUGUCAAUCAGAUGGCAGGACACAAUCUAGCCAUCAUCUUCUCGCCCGCUCUGCUCAAACCGAUCGAUUCCAACGAGAGCUUCGCACUGUCCAUGUCCAACUUUGGUCUCUCGGCCAACGUGAUCAAGGACAUGAUCAACCACUCCAAAUGGAUCUACUCUGAUCUUGAGGAGCUCAACCUGUCGAGUUCGCCAUGUCCAGAUGCGAGCAAGGCUGCGCAACCUGUCGCUACUGCGCCUGCUUCUCCGAAGCGGAGUCCGUCCGGUCUCACAGGCAGCCCGACGACGCUAGCGAGUCUCAAGGCUCAAAGAGCACCGCCUCUGCUCACCGGCUCGCGCAACGAGUUGCCGCAGAUCGCAAUCCUACCGUCUACCAGGCCAACAUCGAUGGUCUCUACACACUCGCAAGCUUCGAACCAGUUCGAGGCAUCCGUCAUCAUAUCACCCUAG